ACGCGCGCGAACCGUACUUGUGUUAUGGCUCUCAGGCCUCAGAGGACUUUCAGGCGGCGUCAGGUCGAGUCCAGCGACAGCGACAGCGACGGCCCUGAGGAGCGGCCUGCAGAGAAGCCGGCAGAGCCAGGCCGGCCAUCUGCGGGCGGAAGAGCAGAGGGAGUAGAACCGCUGCGGAGGGCCCGUGGCGCCCGGGGCCGAGGUCGUGUGUGGGCGAGCUCCAGGCGCAGCCCCGGAACUGCUUCCCGCGGCGCAGGUGUCCUCUUAGAAUCCAAAACAGUCGAUCUCUCAGCGGAUGAAGGGGAAGGAGCACAUCCCUCAUCGGAAAGUAAGGAGGGUUCAGCGGAUGAAAGGGAAGGAGCACAUCCCUUGUCAGAAAGUGAGGAGGGUUCAGCGGAUGAAGGGGAAGGAGCACAUCCCUCGUCAGAAAGUGAGGGUGAUCAGUGCCCAUCCUCUAACCGCUCGAGUUCUCCGGAAGAGAAAGAAGUUUCACCCACAGUUAAGAUCCCUGAUGCAGCUUUUAUUCGGGAAGCCCGCAGAAAACGUGAGUUGGCCAGGACCCCAGGUGACUACAUUUCACUGGAUGUAAACCAUCCCCCCACCACUUCUGACUGUAAGAAGAGCAAUGAGGACGACCCGGAGAGUGACCCUGAUGACUGGGAAAAGAGAGUACUAUUUGCCCCAAAGCCUCAAACACUCAGACAAAGAAUGGCUGAAGAAACAUCAAUCAGAAAUGAAGAAGCAAGCGAAGAGAGUCCGGAAGAUGAAAAUCAGGACAUUUGGGAACAACAGCAAAUGAGGAAAGCAGUCAAGAUCAUACAGGGACAAAACAUAGACCUUUCCUACAACAGUGGGUCUCAAACACUGAAGAAGUUUGAUACUUCCAUUUCAUUUCCACCAGUAAAUCUGGAAAUUAUAAAGAAACAAUUAAAUAGCAGAUUAACAUUACUACAGGAUACUUAUCGCUCGCACCAGAGAGAAUAUGAAAAAUAUGAACAAGACAUCAAGAGUUCAAAGACAGCAAUCCAGAACCUGGAGAAUGCACCAGAUCAAAAUCUAAACUACAAAUUCUACAAAGGCAUGAAAAUUUAUGUGGAAAAUAUAAUUGAUUGUCUAAAUGAAAAGAUUAUCAGCAUUGAGGAACUAGAAUCAUCCACGCACACGUUGCUUUUAAAACGAUCAGAAGCACUUUUGAAACGCAGGCAAGAUGAGCUAAAAUGGGAAUCAUCCUAUCUGCAACAGUUAUCACGCAAAGCUGAGACAUUGGCAAAUGGAAGCUUGGCCCUAGAUGACAAGGAUCAACGGAUUCUGGAAGAGAUUGAAGCACGAAGGAUGCAGAGAAGACAAGCAAGGGUGCUCACUGGCAACUGUGACCAUCAGGAAGGGACUUCUAGUGACGAUGAGCUGUCUCCUGCAGAGAUGACCAACUUCCAAAAACACCAAGGUGACAUUUUACAAGAUUGUAAGAAAGUUUUUGAAGAUGUGCAUGAUGAUUUUUGUAACGUCCAGAAUAUUUUAUUGAAAUUUCAGCAGUGGCGAGAAAAGUUUCCUGAUUCCUACUACGAAGCCUUCGUUGGUUUCUGCUUACCAAAGCUUUUAAGUCCCCUGAUACGAGUUCAGUUGCUUGAUUGGAAUCCUCUUAAGUUGGACUCCAUAGGUCUAAACCAGAUGCCCUGGUUCACAUCCAUAGUAGAGUUUAUGGAUGGCAGCAUGGAAGAUGCAAAGAAGGAAGAUGAGUCGGAUAGAAAAAUUCUGUCUGCUGUCAUCAACAAAACAGUUGUUCCUCACCUUACAGAUUUUGUAGAGUUCAUUUGGGAUCCCCUCUCAACCUCACAGACAAGAAGUUUAACAAUGCACUGCAGACUGGUGUUUGAACAUUCCGCUUCUGAAAAUGAAGUUAGUAAAAGCAAACAGGAUUUACUUAAAUCUGUUGCUGAAAGAAUUAAGAAGUCAAUAGAAGAUGAUGUUUUUAUUCCUCUAUAUCCUAAGAGUUCUGAAGAAGGAAAAAUGUCACCACAUUCAAAGUUCCAAGAAAGACAGUUCUGGGGGGCUCUAAAGCUCUUCCGCAAUAUUCUUCUUUGGAAUGGACUUCUCCCAGAUGACACCUUGCAAGAUCUAGGACUAGGGAAGCUGCUGAAUCGCUAUCUUAUUAUUGCUCUUACUCAUGCCUUCCCUGGACCAGAUGCUGUUAAAAAGUGCAGCCAGAUAGCAGCCUGUCUACCAGAGAAAUGGUUUGAGAACUCUGCUAUGAGGACAUCGAUUCCCCAACUAGAAAACUUCAUUCAGUUUUUGUUGCGGUCUGCACAUAAAUUAUACACAAGUGAAUUCAGGAAUGAAGUCGAUGAAAUAAUUCUUAUCCUGAUGAAAGUAAAAGCUUUGAGUCAAGCCGAAUCUCUUAUAGAGGAAUAUCACCUGGAGCCCCCCACACCCCCAGUUACAGGCGUUUGAGUGCACUGUGGGAGGUGUUGAGAGUCAUUGAUGAAAGUGCUCAGUUGCACUCCUGUGCACAGUGGUGCCUCUUCAUCCUCUGCCCGUCCUUCCUGGUGCUGACCGAGGGCUACCUGCACAGCAGCAGCUGUUCUUCCUCAGGCUGAGAGGAGUUGAAGAAUCGCUACACAGACACAUGUCCAGAGUUAAACCGUCGUCAGCUUUGGCAUCCCUUUUUUGGAGGGGGGGUUCAAGACAGGGUUUCUCUGUAGCUUUGGAACCUGUCCUGGAACUAGCUCUAGCUCUUGUAGACCAGGCUGGCCCUGAACUCACAGAGAUCCACCUGCCUUUGCCUCCCAGUGCUGGGAUUAAAGGCGUGUACCACCACCGCCCAGCCAGCUUUUAAAACCCCCACUGUUUACAAAUCAGCUAAUGAGGAAAUCUUAGAAUGAACUGCUUAAUUAUGAGAUGGUUAACACAUUUUUAUAACAAAUUGUCCUUCCAAAAUCUGUACUAGUUGAUUGUAUGAACUCAGUGAAAGAGUGCUAGUGAGUCUCCAGAUUUUUAAUUCACUGUUAAUUUGUUAGGGGAAAAGUCUAUUUUAAAAAGGUUUAUUUUUAUAUGUGUAGUUAUGUAUACACCUGGGUGACUUUAUGUAUACCACUUCCAUGCAGAGACCAGAAAAGGCCAGAGGGCAUCAUAUUCCCUGGAACUAGGGGUCCAGGAGAUUGUGGCCCACCUGAUGUAGAUGCUGGGAGUUAAACCCAGGCCCUCAGGAAGAGAUCUUAAACUACUAAGUUGUUCCUCCAGCCCCUGUUGAAGAAGGAAGACAUAUGGUUUGGGUCAUCUGUAAUUCUUUGUGAACUAUAUCCAUCUUUUUCUAGAGACUUAUUAUACUUCCAUAUUUAAAAUAAUAUCUUUUGCCUGUCCUCUGGCAAAUAAUUUAUCAGAAAACUUAACAUUUUUCUUUGAAUUUUAAGGGUUUUUUUGAUGAUGAAGUUAUCAUUUGGUAGCAAGUUAGGCUUUUUUGUUCUGUUGUCAUUCACGGUAGAAUUAAAAGGUCACUACAAUUUUAAAUACAGAAUGUAAAGUAUUUGUCUUAUUAAGGAAAUCUAAGGCAAGGUAGUUAAGAAAUUAGGAAUUUUUUGCAAAAUGAUUUUAUUCAUGUUAAGUCUGUUAAGCUACUCAGUGAUGCCCCCGUGUAUAAUUACUGCCCUAAAGGUAGUUGGAAAAUGUUGGUUAUAUUGUAAGAUGUGACUCUGGCCCGUAUUUACAUACUUGGAAGCCCUACUUUCAAGACUCCAUGUAAUGUGAACAGCUGACAUGUUAUCGCUGUAGCAGUGGGAGCUUGUGGUUCUCUACGUGAAGAUGUUAAAACUGUUAGUUAUACAAACUGCACAAACAGAAUCCCACAUAGAAAGCCCAAACACUGCUGAAUCCUCAGUUCAUGUUAAUGUUGUUUUAGACAGCAGCUCAUUACAAAAGCACAUGUGUAUGUGUACAGAAAGUUUUGUAUAUAAAUGGCAAAUGCUUUAUUACAUUAAAAUUUCCAGGGUUUUGUU